AUGAACAUUGUGUUAAUUUGUGAGAACCAUAAGUUUGUCCUGAAUGAGGAAUGUCCUGAAGUCCAUGAUGUCACUGCUCCCAAUAGUGCUAGGGAGACAUAUGAUAACUGGGUUUUAUCUAACAAUAAGGCCAAAUGCUACAUGCUUGCGAAUAUGAGUGAUAUACUCAGAAUGAAUCAUGAAGAAUAUGAGACUGUAUUAGAGAUAUGGGAGUCUCUUCGGGCUGUGUUUGGGCAGCAGUCUGAUCAAUGCAGACAUGAGGCUACUAGAACCUACAUGAACAUCAAAAUGAAGAAGGGAACUUCUCUCAAAGAACAUGUUUUGAACAUGAUCAAUACCAUUCAUUAUGCGAAGGUCCAUGGGGGCAACUAUUGA